ACCACGGAUAAGUAAGGGCGGCGGGACGGGAGCCAUGUGCCACGGCGAGAAGUCGCCGGAAGUCCUCCUCCCCUUCUUUCUUAGCGCCGAAGAAGAAGAAGCACCGAGCAAAAUCGACGAACAAAACCCACGCCGACGCGACGCGACUUAAACUUGCACCCAAAUCUAUUCCUUCCUUCCCUCCCACCCACCGGAUCCGCCUACUCCCUCGCCGCCGUGCUAGCUCCACCCCGACUUCCAGAUCGGACCCUCCCCCCCUCCUUUCCCCUUGCCAUGGAGGCCAAGAUCGGCAAGCUCGUCGAGUCGGUGGGGAGCUUCUUCUCCGGCGGCGGCGACACCAUCCCCUGGUGCACCCGCGACAUCAUCGCCGGCUGUGAAAGAGAGGUAGGUGAGGCUGCAACUGAGGAGCAGAAGAAUGAUAGCAUCAUGAGACUAUCUUGGGCCCUUGUGCACUCCAAGAACCAGGAAGAUGUAAAUCGUGGAAUAGGCAUGCUUGAAGCAUCGCUAGGUCAAUCCAGCAGCCCACUGCAGACUAGGGAGAAGCUUUAUCUGCUGGCUGUUGGACACUACAGAAAUGGUGACUAUCCAAGAAGUCGGCAGCUUGUGGACCGUUGUUUGGAGAUUCAACCUGAUUGGAGGCAGGCUUUGUCUCUCAGGAAGGCUAUAGAAGAUAAAAUUGCCAAAGAUGGCCUAAUCGGAAUAGGCAUCGCCACAACUGCUGUCGGACUUCUGGUUGGUGGAAUUGCAGCUAUUGCUGCAAGGAAGAAGUGAUCAUAUCUUCUUACUGAUGAAGUAACCAAGUCAUGCUGUUCUCUUUUUAUUUCGUGGUAUCUCAGUCAAGAAUCGCCACAGUUUAUGUGCAUAAAAUGAAUCGAUGCCCCCGGAUGCAGCAUAUACCUUUCUCCUUUUGUCCAAUGGUUUUAUUGUCACUAGCUUCCAUUUGGCUUGGUUC